AUGGAAUUUGCUAGCAACCCACUUGGCCAAAGGGCCAAUCUAUUAGCACAAGAAAGACUACAAUUUUAUUGUGGACAUGCUAUCAUUGAAAUACACCACCUUGCAUUUGAGAGUGAUGCUAUCCUUGGAUCAAGGCCUCUUGACCAUAGAAAUGUGGAGAGACUCCAGAAUUUGUUCGAACUCGAAGGGUGUGCCAACUUUGAGCCCGAGCACAGAGUGGCUGCUACUAUAAGUGAGCAUACUCUACAGAGAGGCCUUGCACAUUCAGGAAUCAGGAAAGAGAAUCUAUUCGAUCAAGUCAACCCACCCAGACUAGCAUUUAUAGAUGACAUCCGCCUGGUUUGUGCAUAUGGAAAACACCGACCCAAAGCUGGAGAGUCCUUCAGAGAAUACGAGUGGCUGGUUGAGCUAUACUCAUCCAAUAUACCUCCUGAUGCACUGGCCCAACUUCAUGAGUAA